UCUGAGAUUUAGUGGAGUAGAAGUAUUCAAUUAAAAAAAGGAAACACCCAAAUGUUCCUCCUCUUACUGGAAGAAGUUAAAUGUAACUAUGGAAGUGUGGGCGUAACUUGAAGACCGUGCCACCCUCCCAACACACUGAUAAAAUAUAAAUACUGGACAAUUUCUAUCAGUGACAGACAUCAGCCUGUUCUUCUUCUCUGUCAGCCAAUCACCACCUCAGCAAAGAUGGCGUCGGGCGUUCCGUUAGCUUUGUUGCUCUGUUUGUCCAUCGGACUGUUGGCUCCAUCUUGUCGUGGAGAAACUAACACCUGCCCAGGUCCCUGUCCUCCUGGUUGGACUCAGUUCGGCUCUCGCUGUUUCGGUUUCGUCUUCCAGGGAAAGAGUUGGAUCGAUGCCGAGAACUUCUGCAAGGCCGCCGGUGGGAAUCUGGCUUCAGUCCACUCAGAAGAGGAACAGGUGUUCCUCAAACUCUUCAUUAACCUAGUGACCGGUGAAUACAGACGGACCUGGAUCGGAGGCUUUGACUCAGUGCAGGAGGGCGUGUGGAUGUGGUCUGAUGGAUCCACAUUAGACUACAAACGCUGGGAUGAUGGGCAGCCUGACAACAAAUAUGGAGCUGAGCACUGCCUUGAGAUAACCUAUCUCGGUAAAAAACAACUACAUAUGAAACAUCUUGUCUUUUAAAUAAACAUGAUGAUCCAAAAUGAUCUGUAAACUUAUAGCAGGUGGUCAUAUGUUCCAGUCUGAAAGAUAAAACUUAAAACUCUUAAAACUCUCUCUCUACAGGAAGGAACUGGAACGACCAGCCGUGCGCCGACAAAUUUCCUUUCCUUUGCUCCAAGAGCCUGUGAACCCCCCCCCCCCCCCAUCAUGAUCUCUCUACAUCUCAUCUCUAAUCUCUACCAUUGAUUCAUCUCUAAUCUCUAGCAUUGAUUAACUUUCAGUUUGUUCUGCAGACAGACACAGCUCUCCGCUCACACACUCACUUCUCACGUCAUCCAACGGUUCACAUUUGGGUUUUAACAUCAGAAACAAUCAGUUAUUGGACUUUUAAUCUAUAAAUAACAAAAUGAAAUCCAUAAAACAUCUUUUCCAGUGUAGUUGUCUGAGUAUUGUCUGUCAGCGCUGUCUGAAGGUAAAACAUCCACCUACCAGACAGGAGUGGUGACCAUCUUCUCAUCCAAAAUGUCCAAAUAGAAAGAUAAAGUCCAAAUGUUGUCAGAACGUUCUGUGAUACCAGAGGA